AUGCUUUUUUCCAACCAAAUUUUGUUAGCAGUGGUCUCCACACUCUUAGCUAAUGUCAUUGCAAUGCCUUUACCAGCAGUACAUGGUGUGCAAGUGAGUAAUCGAACUGAAUUGACAAUUGAACAAACCAUGAGCUAUCAACCGGUCGAUUUUACCACCAUGGUGCACAAAAGGCUGCUGCUGGACGAUGGUACCAACGUCGGGUAUAUUCAAGUACCAUUAUUUCAAAGCGGGAAUUAUUUUUUAGCCGAAGCCAAGGUGGGAUCCCACGGAAGAAAGAUGCCAUUGAUUCUCGAUACCGACAGUGGUGAUGUGGUGAUCAGAUCCUCGACAUCAUUCAUCCCGAAACUCACCAAAUUCAAUACCAAGUACUCCAAAAGUUUAGUCAAGGUUCCAGGAAAGUUCGACACAAAACUUACCAAAGAUGAGCUUUCUGCAACCGGUUCUUGGGGAUAUGACACUUUCCAGAUCAUGGACAACAACGGGACGUUCCAUCUAGUUGAUAGUACGAUGCUUGCCCUUGCUACAGAGAGUGAUCUUGAGUAUAGCGUGCUUGGGAUGGGCCCUCAGAGCAGUGAAUCGAGUCAAUCUUUGGGAGCUUCGUCAUUUUCUUAUACCAAUCUCUUAAAUAUCAUGAAAUCCAACUCAUUGAUUGAAAAGCUGUCGUACUCAAUCUUUUUGGAAAGCAAAUCUGAUACUUCUGGUGGGGAAAUGAUCAUUGGUGGAAUUGAUAAAACUAAGUUCGCAGGCGACAGUUUAACAUAUUUGCCAUUGACCCACAGAUCAGGGCUUGGGGAAUACGGCUCAUCAAUGUACUUUGAUCUCGAUGGUAUUCGCUUCAACAACACUCAGUUAACGGGACAAAAGUAUCCUGCGAAAAUCACAUCCGCCAACAAAAGAAUUGCGGUUCCAAAAGCAGUAUUUGAAAACAUUGGUAACAAGUACGGUACUUACGAUCCAUUUUAUGAUUCGUACGUUAUUGCUUGUGAUGCUACCGGGCCGGAUUUUGAAUUCAUAUUCGGGGGAAAUACCACGAUUACCGUUCCCUUCAAUAACGUCGUUAUAAACGCUACUCCUUUGGUAACCAACAAGAACUAUGAGACAUGUGUUUUUGGGCUCGAGCAGUCGACUUCUGAUUAUUUUGAGCUUGGUUCGGCAUUCUUGCAAAGUGCGUAUGUUCAUUUCCAAAUGGAUAACAACGAGAUUGGGGUUGCCCAAUCGCAGUUCAACCAACAACAACAUACUGAUAUUGUGAUACAAUGA